UCUAAAAAAGUACCCAUCGCUAAAAAUUUACCCGUCCGUCUGUAACAGAGUUUUUUUAUUUCGGCGUAAAAAUGCUUCUAAAUCGUUGUUUUUAGAGCUGAAAUCAUAAAACGUCUCGGAUUGGGAGGCUUUUCGCAAAAAUCGUGCAAUUGGAAUAUCCGCGCAACCUGCAAAAUCGUUUCACCAAAGCUGCAUUUGUAUACAGAGCAGGUGGUGUUGUCUCCCUCUCACGACCGCACUGCUCGUUCCUGAUGUGCGAGCGAAACAACAACAAACAAGUUACAAGUUCUAACAAAAUUCCGUCUACCUUUAAUGCAAAAGUGGAGCUAGACUCCAGCAAAGACGACACCAUUCACUCCGCAAGCUUGAAUAAGAAACUGGUCAAAAUUAAAAAGUUUAAGUUGGACGAUAUGAAGGAGAUGGUGGGCGGCUGUUGCGUUUGUUCGGACGAGCGGGGGUGGCCGGAGAACCCGCUCGUCUAUUGUGACGGCCAAAAUUGUACGGUGGCAGUGCACCAGGCAUGUUACGGCAUUGUGACGGUGCCCACGGGACCAUGGUACUGCCGAAAGUGCGAGUCCCAGGAGCGAACCUCGCGGGUGCGUUGCGAGCUGUGUCCCUCCCGAGAUGGAGCCCUCAAGAAGACAGAUAACAGCGGAUGGGCGCAUGUAGUCUGCGCCCUGUAUAUCCCAGAGGUGCGGUUUGGGAAUGUUACCACCAUGGAGCCUAUUAUAUUGUCGUUAAUUCCGCCGGAGCGGUAUUCAAAGACUUGCUAUAUUUGCCAGGAGAUUGGCAAACCGAAUCGUGCCAAUGUCGGCGCCUGUAUGCAGUGCAACAAAUCGAACUGCAAACAGCAGUUUCACGUUACCUGCGCCCAGAGCCUUGGUUUGCUUUGCGAGGAGGCGGGCAACUAUCUAGAUAAUGUUAAAUACUGCGGGUACUGCCAGCACCAUUACAGCAAACUGAAAAAGGGCGGCAACGUCAAAACCAUACCGCCAUAUAAACCCAUUCAACAUGACACCUCUUCCGAUUCAUGUUCAUCGCCCGAGAAGGAGAUCGAUUCCACAAUGAACUCCGCGGCAACCUCGGCCACGAGCAUUAAGAUCACCAGCACCAGUGUCAGUGGCAGUGGCAGCAGCACUGCUUUGAAUGCCAGCUCCAGUGUGGGAAUUACCGGGGGAAGCGGAAGCAUAAGUGGGGUCUCCUCGUCCUCCAAGCAGCGCAAGAGCAAUGCGUCCGGGAAAUCGUCAAGCAGCAGUAGUAGCAGCUCAUCAUCCUCGAUGGGAGUGGCGGCCAACCCGUCUUCAAGUUCUGCAGGCAGUGCUAGUCAUAUACCACCAGGGGGAAGUUUACUACCAGGCAGUAGUAACACCAGCAAUAUUAACAGUAAUUUAAGCAAUAACCUGCCAGGUGGCAGCAGUGCUGGAAUCGUGGCUGGUGGAAACUCCAGCGCUGGAAAUUUACCAGCAUCUAGCAGUGGCGUAACUCAAUCGACGGCCAGUCAAACGUCGGCAGCAGCAGUUACCACAAAAUCAUCAGCCAGCAGCUCGAGCAGUGGUAGUAGCAGCUACAAGGAUAAACAUAGCAAAAACUUAAGCAAAUCUACCUCUAGUAAGGACAAGGAUGGAAAAGAUAACGCUAGUAAUUCAGCGAACAAUAGUUUCUCGAAUUCAUCAGCCUCAUCAACGUCUUCCAAUUCCCUGUCGUCACGAGAGAAAUCAUCAUCGAAGCUUUCAAAAAGCAAAGACUCCAAUCAAGUACCAAGUGCAACUAGCAGCACGACUGCAACCAGCAGUAUCAAUACCCAGCCCAUUUCGUCCACCUCAACAGCUAGCAGUGGAUUGGGAGGAACCGGAACACAUGUGAGCAGUUCAGCUGCUAGUAUCAUUAACUCGAAUGCAUCCACGACUACGACCAAUGAGCACUCGAAUCAUGCCCAUAAUCUUAGCACAAAUAGUGUAGGUUGUGGAAGCACAGCCGGAAAGCAGCAAUCGGCCAGCAAUCUGAGCAAUUCACAUCUGACCACGAGUAGUUCGAGUUUUGGAUCUGAGUUAAGAUCAGGAAGCACCACAUCAAGCUUAGCUUUGAACGAUUCCUCUGGAUUCGGAAGUAAUUCAAAUUCAGAAAGGGAGAAUUCGGCAGGCGCUGGUUCGUCUGCCAGCAGUCUCACCGGAACGGUGGGUUCGGGCUUAGGCGGCGUAUCCUCUAGUGCAGCCACUAAUCUGAGCACCAAUAAGGGAGGCUCUUCGUCAUCAGCGGCGAGCAAUCCCACAUCUACAAACCUCUCCUCGGGCAGCUCCUCAAAUUCAGCUUCAAAAAAACGAAAGGCAGACUCUGCCAAGUCUAGCGGUUCCGUUUCCAUCGCUACAUCCGCUCUGGACGAUAAUAAUAGGUGGGGAACGAGAGUCGCGAAGCAAAGCUUGAUAUCCAGAUACGAUAUUAAAGAUGUUCAUGUAGCACUGACACCGCUAACAGACUUUGAGAAGGAAAUAGAGAAGAGCUCCAAGAGGCAACGUACCGAACUCAGCCCGCCCACCCAUCAAACAUCCGCCACCGCCGAUGUAAAUGCACCGCUGGCCAGCUCGACGAGUGCAUCCAUUGCGGUGACGGCGAGUGCAACGGCGGCUUCGGCUCCUGCAGCGACGGGCAGCACUACCUCAAGCAGCAGCACCAGCGGCAAUGCAGGCGCAACCUUCAGCGGCAACAGUUCCGGCGGAUCGACGACCGGAGGAGCACCAUCCGUCGUGGGAUCCGGUGGUUAUCCAAAGACAGAGUCGAGCAAGUCGAGUAGCACAGGAAGCACAGGCGGUGGCACCAGCAGCAAUUCCAGCAGCAACAAGCACGGCAGCAGCACCAAGGACAUCAGCAGCAGCAGCAAUCAGCAGCCGACGACUGGAAGCAGCAGCAAUGCACCCAGCCUGUAUGUCUCCGUCCCGCUGUCGACGGCUAAUGUACCUGGAAUAAAUCUACCCACCAGCAGCAGUAGCACUAAUACCACCAGCGAAUCACAAUCAGCACCAUCGCGCAGUAGCGGCGUUCAAUCGCAGCAUCAGCAGCAGAGCAAUUUACCGCCAAUGGGUGGAGCAGCAGGCUCGUUUCAUAGCGGCGCGAGUAGUGGUGGCCCCAACGGCGGCUCCUCGUCGGUCAUCCAGCAUCAGAGCGGCAAGUCAUCGCCGGCCCUGGCCAGCCUAGUCAGCGGCAAUAGUGGCGGCAGCAUAAUCUCCGCCAGCGGAGUCCCAAUUGCCAGUGGCAACCUGACUGCCACAACCACGGAGAGCGGCAACUUAAAGAUCAGCUACGAGAAACAAACAACACGGGUGCAGCAGCUGCAGGAGCAAGAGGCACCACCGGCACGACGCAGCAGAUCGCGCUCCGGUGAGAGUGGCAGUAAUCACCACCAUGCCCAUCACCACCACCACCAUCACCCCACCCAUCACAAUAGCCAUCACCAACAAAAUCCGCAGCAGCAGCAACAAUUACACCAACAGCAACAACAGAAUGCGUCAUCGCAGCAGCCACUUGUGCUGCACUCCUCCACAAACUCCUCCUCCUCCUCCACUUCGACCUCUUCGUCCUCCUUGUCGAGUGGCACUGCCACAUCUGCCUCCAAUUCCAAGGGUCCCUCGAGGUCGGGCAAAAAACGGGGAGCUGCACAAAGUAAAAAUGAUGCAACAGUGGCGACAACGGCAACUUUAGCAAUUUCUGCUGCCUCACCAGCCGAGAAGCAGAGUCGUCAUAGCUCGCCUCACUACAGUGCCACGCCCACACCGCCACCGUCGUCUGUGGCACCACCAGUAGUAUCCUCGCCGGUGGUAAUGUUGCAAUCCCUGUCCUCGUCCUCGGUCGAUUCCCCGCCAGCAACAGUGGCUGCCACUGCAACUAGUCGCAGCACGCGCAAUAACAGCAGCAGCAGCAACAACACCAAUCACAAUGGCGAGCAAACAUCCUCGUCCUGCUCGUCCACUUCGUCCUCCUCCUCGAGUGGAGGAUCCAGUGGUUUGCCCAAUGUAGUUAAUCUGCUAGACUCGCCGGUUAAUAUGUCAGCUACGGGGAGCUAUCGCGGCAGCAGCAACUCCUCGGGCAACGCGAUACCGGCGGGAAGCAACAACAGCCAAACCAAGCCCCUAAACAAAAAAAUGUUGCGUGCGCAGCAAACACAGCUGUAUCAGCAACAGCAGCAGCAACAACAGCAGCAAUAUGCACCCCCCGCUAGAUCCAACUCUCCCUCAAGCUCAGCCUCAGCUUCCAACUCUGCUAGCUUUCCGCACUUGCAACAGCCACAGCAGCAACAUGAAGAUCUAGAGAUUUUGCAAUUCACUAAUACGAAUAACACUCCUUCUUCCAAUACGCCUACGUCGAAAACUAACAACAGAACGCCAGAUCUCAGCCAGGCUAGCAGCUCAUCUUUAUCAGCGUCCGCAGUCCCCGCCACAACAGCUCCUUUGGUCAUGCUGAGCAACCAGCUGCCACUUAACUCAAUGGCUGGUGGUGGCUCUACCGGAGGCCUCAAGUUUACCUAUGAGAGUCAGACGCAGUUAGACGUGCCCAUGAUGCCUGUGAGCGCCAUAAAGGACUCGCCACCCAGUUCCCCUGGCUCGGAGAUUGGAUCGGCCAUGCACUCGGCAACGGCGGCAGUCAGUUCGCUGACUGCCGUUGCUCCAACAUGUGCGGCUGCUCAGCCUGGAAAUGUGCGGAAGCGCGGACGCAAGGCAAAGGAUUCGACGAUAGCAGCAGCUACGGCGGCAGCUGCAGCUGCAGCCGCUGCUGUUAGCAAUGUUCAACAGGAUCUCAAGGAUGUGCGCAUACUGCAGAACGGAGCGGCCAGUGGCUCGAGCAAUCCGGCUAGCAGCACACCCACGCCGCCGGCCACACCCGCUGCGUCAACGACAUCCACCUCGGCCAGCUCGAUCAUCACACACACGGCCGCCCACAUGCUAGGCAACCAAAUAAAUCCGAACAGCAGCGUCGCCCAGAAGCUCUCCGAACAGCUGCACAUGGAGGUGCAGGAUCACUCAAUAUACACGUCCGACUCCAUUAACUCGCAGUACGCUGGAGUCCCAUUCCCCGGAAAGCAGCGCAACUUAAGUGCCGCCUCCAGCAACGCCACACCAGCUCCGAAUCCGCUCCAGUCAAUGUUCAGCGGUGGCGGUAUCAACGGUAACAUGCCCAUUCCUCAGAGUCUAGAGCAGCUGCUCGAACGCCAGUGGGAACAGGGAUCCCAGUUUCUCAUGGAGCAGGCGCAGCACUUUGACAUUGCCUCGCUCCUAAAUUGCCUGCACCAGCUGCAGAGCGAGAACCUACGGCUGGAGGAGCAUGUGACCAGCCUAAUAGCGCGACGCGAUCACCUGCUGGCGGUCAAUGCGCGCCUGCAGAUCCCGCUUAACACCAUCGCAAGCAAUGCAAAGGCCGAGGCGCACGUCGCCAUAUCAACAACGGCAGCUCCAACAACCACAACAACAACCUCAACAACAACAGCAACAUCAACUUGUUCUACUUCUGUCAUUUCCACACUAGCUUCCAGCAGCAACAUCGGACUCAGCACCAACAUAAGUGCUCUUAAUGCGGCAACAACAAUCGCAGCAGCCGUUUCGCUGGCCACCACUGCUAUUAAUACCAAUACCACCAUCCCAACCAUGGCCAAUAGUCGACCCACAGUGGCACCAGCCAGUUCCAGCGGAGUAGUGCUGGACUACCGCGGACCAGUCACGACCAGCAAUAACAGCAGCAGCAACAGCACCAGUGGUAGCAACACCGCCAGCAACAGUGUGAACAGCAGCAACAGCAAUCCCUCAACCGCUUCAAAUGUCAGCGGACCCCCUGCAACACAAAUGUCCCUCUCCGGCAUUAAUAUGACGAAUGCAGCCAAUUUGGGAAUGAGGCAUAUUUCUGCGGCCCACGCGUACAACAAUGCUGGAAACAUCAACAGCAGCAGCAUGGGGAGUUUAAAUGCCAAUAGCGCCGUCAAUAGCAACACCUUGCACCACCAGCAACCGUCGCAGCAGCAGCAACAGGCGCAACACCAGCAGCAGCAGCAGCACGUGCAACAAGUGCAGCAGAAUCUUCACCAGUCGCACCACACCAGCGCAGCUGUGGCAGCCGCCCACAUGCUGGGCGUAGGAAUCAGCCUGGGCGCUGGAGGUGGUGCUGCCGCUGGCAUUGGACGAGGUGGGUCAGCGACAGCCAUGGCUGCAACAGCAGCACCAACCACAACUACUUUUACGACCACAGCGGGCACGGGCACGGGCAUGGGUCAGCAGCACCACCACCCACACCCACACCAACAUCCUAGCAUUCAGAUUCAAGUGGGUGGCGGCGGCGUUGGCGUUGACGGUUUAAGUAGCACCUCCUCCUCCUAUGCGGCGCACCACGCGGCGCUCUACAGCACGCAUCACCAGUCCCAACUAAGGCGCGACGAUAACCUCGCAAAAACCAGCUGAAAGUCGUACCGUGAGCAAGUGCUUCAGCAGGCACAGCAACAGCUGAAGAAGAAGCAAGACCUGGCCAACAAAGAACGCCAUCAUAACAGCAACAGGCAAUGCAGCAGUUCCCGUAAUCACGGCAACAACAAGCUGUCACAGCAACGUAACCUCAGCAAGCUUAAGCCGGUUGAGCUUGGAUUUCAGCAGCUGAUCGACAAAAAUGACGAUGAUCUCAGCAGCAACAGCAGCUCGUCAACCUUUUCAUCCUCCUCUCAGCAGCAGUCGUCGGUAGACUACGAGGCGGAGGACGAGAACGAGGACAAACAACGAAGGCCAUUACAUAAAAACGAGAAUGAAAGUUUGCUGCAUGUACAGAAUUUUCUAAAGUGCUUCGGACCCAAUGCUUAUGCAUCGGCAAUUACGGCAAAAGCAUCCAAUCCAGCAACCGCGACUAAACCGUUGGCCACUGUCAAGUCACCGGGAGCAGGGGAGCUGCGAGUGUGGCGCCAAAAUUAUCGCUUCGCAACCAAUACAGUUCAAGCAGCAACCACAGUAGCAACAUUACAGACCCCAUCAACAACCUUAGCGGAAAACUCAGCCACAAAUACAUCAAUGUUUCAAGCCCAGUCAAGUGCAAACCACAAACCAACCAAGUUUCAAAUAAACACAAAGUUUUUGCGCAAGCCACGCAACAAACUAUUGAAAAUGCUGCCAACAGCAACGGCAACAUCAGCAGCAACAGUUCCCAAGCAACUGGAACCACUGCAGCCGCAGCUGUUCAACGAUGAUUCCAACGCCAAAUUCAAAGACUUUUCAAUCGACUCGUUAUUGAAUAAGUAAUCAUAAAACAUUAACCUAUUAAAACAUACAGUUCAGCCUUAUUGUUUGUAGAAUAAUUAAACCAAUAGAAGCAGAGCCCAAGCCGCGUUCCUAAUUUCCCCCAACAAAAUCCCUAUAAAUUUUGUUUAGCCAAUCGAGUAUCCAUAACAUGAACAUAGCAACAACGUAUUCUAACUAUAAUUAGGAUGUUUAUUUAUUACAUGCAUAUUGUAUAACUAAUGGCGCAAUUCAUAACUAGAAUAAGAGUGUAAAUAUCUACUUAAAUACGAUAUAAUAAACCACAAACACGUGCUAGAAUUUUA